AGAAAAGACAGUAGUAACUUCCUCAACACCGCCGGAGCUUCUUUCUAUCCGAGGAAAAGCCGACGUCGUCAGGAGGGCAUCUCUCUAACAAAGUGAACGUUUUGUUUAAGAUUCCAGUGGAAGAGUGAGCUAACGUGUAGUGAGGAAUUUUAGGGAUCAUGAGUUUGGUGGAAGUGAGGCAGACAGCAGGGGCCAUGACCCUGUCCCUGUCCAGCAAUGACUCCAAGGAGAGGUACUUUGAUCGUGUGGAUGAUACUGACCCGGAGUACAUUCGCAAUAGGAAUAUUUCCCCAGACCUGAGACAAGACUUCAACAUGAUGGAGCAGAAGAAGAGGGUAACCCAGAUCCUCCAGAGUCCAGUGUUUAAAGAUGAGCUGGAAGGCUUGAUUCAUGAUCAGAUCACAAAGGGCAACAACCCCACAGGCCUGCUGGCUUUGAGGCAGAUAGCCGACCUGAUCAUGGCGAGCACUGUUGGCAGCUCUGGUGCCUUGACUUCCCCCAUCAGCUUAGGGAUGGUAACGCCAGUCAAUGACCUGUACGGCAUCGACUCUCCAUCCUUUGCCAAAGGAGAGAAACAGAUUCGCUGCAAGCUGGCUAGCCUCUACAGGCUUGUUGACCUCUUCAACUGGGCUCGUUUUUCAAGCUCAUACAUAACUGUGCGGGUCAGCAAAGAGCAGGACCAUGUUCUUAUUUGCCCACAAGGUCUGUCUUAUGCUGAGGUUACUGCAGCAAAUUUGGUGAAAAUAAACAUGAUUGGAGAUGUGGUGGAGCAGGGUUCAACUGAUCUGGGGAUCGACCAGUUUGGCUUCCAUCCUCAUGCUGCCAUUUAUUCCAUUCGACCUGAUGUGAGGUGCAUUAUACAUAUACAUACCCCCGCUACAGCUGCUGUGUCCUCCAUGAAAUGUGGAAUCCUGCCCAUUUCCCAGGAGGCUUUGCUUCUAGGCGACGUUAGUUACUUUGGUUACCAUGGCUGUCUGGAUGAUAAAGAGGGGAAGGUGGAGCUCCAGAAAGCCCUAGGCCCCAACGCUAAGGUGUUGGUCCUGAGGAACCAUGGUCUGGUUGCUCUGGGGGAAACCAUCGAAGAGGCUUUUCACUAUGUUUACCACUCAUUGCAGGCUUGUGAAAUCCAGGUGAAUGCUCUGAGGUGUUCUGGUGGAGUGGACAACCUUGUUGUUCUGGACAGGGAGAAGUAUAAGCCCCUGACCCAGGGAGUGGCCGCGGCUGGUGUGGUGAUGGUCAAUGAUGUCAAAUGGAAAAUUGGUGAAGCAGAGUUUGAGUCCCUUAUGAGGAUGCUAGACAACCUGGGGUACAGAACAGGCUACUCUCACAGGAACCCAAUUGUAAGGGAGAAACCUCGGUCCAAGAAUGACGUAGAGAUCCCUGCCACAGUAUCUGCUGUGCUAUCGGAGGACAAUGAUUUGGAUCUGCGAAGCCCUUUUAAGUUUAUGGUGCAGAAACAACAGAGAGAAAGGACCCGCUGGCUCACCUCACCCAACAGCUACCUGAGGGUCAAUGUUCCCGAAUGCUCACCCAGCGGGGAGUGCAGCCCCAGGACAAAGACCAUGUGGAUGAAGUCCUCAGAGCCAGGCAACUCCAGCGGCAUGCCAAUCAGGAUUGAAGAUCCGAACCAGUUUGUUCCACUCAACACAGAUCCAACAGAGGUUGUGGAUAAGAGAAACCGGAUCAGAGAACAGAACAGAUGUGACCAGAUGACUCCAGGACCAAAGUCUCAGUUAUUGGCAGGCAUUGUUGUGGACACUGUUCCAGGACCGGCUUUCAUCAUUGAGGAUGAGGAGCUGACGCGCUCUCUUCCUCCCAACCCUUUCAGCAGACUGACAGAGGACGAGCUGGAGGAAUAUAAGAACACAGUUGAGCGAAAACAGCAAGGCCAAGAAGAUACUGAUGACAUUACCGAUGCUGAGGAGAUGACCACAUUUGAUGGUUCCACCAUCUCGCUCUCGCUUUCCCCUUUAAUGACUCCAGCUAAGCAAGAGAUAAUACCCAAUGGUAAAGACCAUUUAGCGGAGAUGGAAGAGGAUCUAAGCAUCAAGGUAUCCAAGCUGAGUGUGAGCACUACAGAUACGGUUGAAAUCUCCAUAACAACGACAGAGAAGACAGGGGACGCCCAGACCCCAGAGAGCCAAACCAUGUCCCCCAAGAAGAAGAAAAAGAAGUUCCGCACACCUUCCUUCCUGAAAAUGAACAAGAAGAAGGAGAAAGCCGAAGCCUGAAGAGAACUGACUGAAAAAGAUGAGCCUUACAAGGAAACCUAUGUGUCGCCAAACGAGAGGAGAUGAUUCUUCACAGAUUCCCCAGUUUUUUGAAGAGGAGGGAAAAUAGCUGAAGUGAAUGAAUUUCAUUAAGUCAAUAAGUCCUAGAACUUUUUUUGUUUCAUUUUUGUUUUAAUUCACUUGGACACAUCCUUUUUUGGAGGGAAAAUUCUUGUUUCAGAGGAAGUCAUCCAAGGCCACACACUUUACUUCCUGUGUUAUCCUCAUUUUCCUUCCUCCACAGCUAUUUGAUACUAGAGGUUUUUUUUUCUAUUUCUAUUUUAAUGUUCCAGCAGGUGGUAAUAUGGAUACCUGCCAUUAGAGGAAAUUGAGUUGAGCACUUCCCGGGGCUCAGAAAAUGAAAUGAACGGUGAAUAUAAGAUAAGCAUGUAGGUUCUUCAUGUGACCCAUAUUUUUAAUGGGUUUAAUACAGUGGGUACCACAAGAAACUAACAAGGUUUUGAACCUAAUGAAUAUAUCCAAAUGUAGUAAGCCUGCUCAGAAUGUGUGAAUUCUAACAUUUUUUUUUUUGUGUCUGAUUUUUGAAUGUAUAUUGAAAGGCAAGAAAACCUGCUAUUAUGAGAGGAUCUAUUAAACCAGUGGGGUCAUGGUGGAUGGAUUUGUCGAAAUUAUCUAAAGCUGAGCCUUAAUCAGUGUGAUUUCUACUUGGACCUAUUCAUGGUAAUACUUUCAUGUUAUACUGUAUGUUACUUUAUAUGACUGGUAACUCAGUGUAGUUUGUGAUAAAUCAUUAUAUCAUUACAAUUAGAUGUUCACUACAUGCUUAUGACCGAACAUUCUGCAGUUAAUAAUACAGAAAAUUAUUAAUUAUUCACAUUAGAAAUGUUUUGCAAUAACGUUUUCGGUGAUCCCCCCCCCUCCCCGUUGCUGCUUGUUUCUAGUUGUGACAAAGAAUGGACUAUGAUUAACUGAGAAGGACUUAGGACAAGUAAUGACCUUUGCCACAUUUUCGCUUGAUAAUGGUUAGCAAGGAGAAAGUAUCACAGAAAGAUGAAUCAGUUCAUCUGGACAUGUUAAGUGAGAGGAGCGUUUCCUCACUCGUCUAAGUGACCUCUUCAGUCUCGCCUCAGAGACUGAGGAAGUCACUUAGUCACUCUGUGAGUUCCUUACCUGGGUUAUGGAGCAUGCAUAAAGACGAGGAGAAAGUAGCUUUUGCUGAAAAAGAGGGCAAAACAGCACAUGUUGGGAUGUGAAACGACAAGGAAAAGUGCCAGGCCUGCAUCACGCAAGAUGAGUGUUGGGAAUUUUGGUUGACAAUGUACAAACAGCAAGUUUUAUGGCAAUAUGCUGUGAAAAGCUCUUUUAUUUACAUAAACUAUUUGAAGUUCAUUUUAAGUAUUUAAGAGGACCAUAUAUUAACAUCCCAGUCAAUAAUGUGAAUAACUUGCUUUGACCUGAAGGGAGACAGUUCUUUUCCUUGGUGAAUGGUAUGUUUUUGUGCAGUUUUUUUGUAACUUUAAACCAAAAUAAAGGUCAUCAAGUUGAAAUUUGCAAGUGUGACCACACAAUCUAAUUUCAAUAAUUUACCAUUAUUUUUUUGUAAUGCCUUACAUUGUAUGAUCCCUAUUUAGAUUAAUACCUUAAUAUACACAGUAUGUGAUGUUUACAGAUUUAUGUACUACUAAUAUAAUUUUGAGUACUUAAUUAUUGUAUUUUCUCUUUUACUUGCGCUGUUUUGUAUACUGCCUGAGCUUUUGCAUAGUUGCAUUAUUGCAUUAUUGCCAACUUGCCACAGUGUUAUUAUCUAUGAUAUUACAUUCCACCUGAUGUAAUAAAAACUGAG